AUGUCAUCUUCCGAUAUAUUCGAUGUUUUGAACAUCAGACCUAAGUCUUCUUCUCCAGAUGCAGAGGCCCAAACGCCUACACCAAGUUCUGGUACAGUGAAACAUAACAAGCCACAAGUUACGGGUAUCCAGAGAGAAUUAUACAGCUUAUUGGGUGAUAAUACACCAACGGUGCCCAUAAAACAGGGCAAUAAAUUUAAAGAUUCGUUGAACUCCAACAUCAAGCCCUCACCUUGGUCCUUUGUCGAGUUCGAGGCUAACUCUCAUUUGAAGUUACGACACUGGGUGAAGGGUUCUAAGGAAUUGGUCGGUGCUACAGUUGAACCAAGUUCUUUUGCCAAAUUCAAUCAACAUUUGACUAUACCUUCUUUCGAUGAGCAAGAAUUUCAACAGUUCAUGAAUGGGAACAAUUCAGAGUGGAAAUACGGUGAAGUUCAAUACUUGUUCGAUCUUUGUAGAAACUAUGAUAUGAAAUGGUUUGUUAUCGCAGACAGAUUUAACUACAACGGUACUGAAAGGAAGUUGGACGAUUUAAAAGAGAUGUUCUAUACAGUGUGCCAAUGGUAUUUCUUAUACAAGGAUCCGGAUAAUCCCCUAAUCUCACAGUUGAAUUUCCCCAAGGAAAAGGAAUUGGAAAGAAAGAAGUAUUUAGAGAGACUAUUGAAGCGUACAGCAGCUGAAAUAGCUGAAGAAGAGGCACUAAUCAUUGAAUCUAGGAAAUUUGAAAUGGCUGCCAAGAAGACGCUACAGGAAAGAGAGGCUUUGUUACAACUUCUUGACCAUCCACAUUCAGAUAAACCCAUUUCACAGUUCCUCACAUCUCAAGGAAUGUCACAGCUAUAUGCAAACUUAUUAAAUGAUAAGAAUAGGAAAAGAAAACCCGAUUCUAACACUCCAGAGAAUCCGUGGAUGAAACAGCAGCAGCAAUUUGCUCAACAGAGACAACAAAUCCAACAUCAGCAACAGUUUAAACAGGGACAAAUUAUACAACAACAACAACAGCAACAACAGCAACAGCAGCAACAGCAACAGCAGAAACAGCAGAAACAACAGAAACCACAAUCCGAUCAAAUCACUUCUAAGGAUCAGCAACCUAGUGAGAACAUAGAAGUUAAGACUGAAGGCCAACGGCUCAAUAAAAAGCAAAAGAUCGAAUUACAAAAUGCCCUUAGAAGAAAGCAGGAUAGCGAGUAUGCAGAGCAUUUACUAGAAAAAUUCACCCUAGAAGAGAGGAAAGCACUCGGCGUCAUUGCCCAUGGAGAAAAACUUGCUCCCGGAGUAUACCUCAGGUCCUCAAAGAUAUCAACUUACAAGCCUGCUGUGCAAAACAAAAUUGUCGCGACCUUACAAGAGUUGGGCCUACCGGUUCGACCUGCGAUGCCAUCUUUAGAAGUUGUUCAGGAGCAUGAGAAGCUUCUUAAGAAAAUUGCAACCUUAUUAGAACUUAAGAAACAAGUUGAUAAGCUAACGGCUGAAAAGCAGAUAGUGAAAUAG